UCUGGGCGGUGUCGCUGCGCACUGAGUAAAACCGGCGGCGUCACCGGGAACCCCGGGCAGCGUGUCCGGAGAGCCCUGGCCCGGGCGGGAGCAACCGCGGCCCCGGCCCUGCAGCGCCCGGCCGUCAGGGCCCCUGUGGCGGGUGCCGGCGUUCCCUCCUCCCGUUCGCUCCAGCCUCCCGGAGCUCCGGGUUCGCCGCCGCUCCCGCCCGGUGCGGCUGAGGCCUAGCGGGAGUGCGGCAGGGAGACAUCCUCCAGCUGCCGGGUUUGCUGCUUCUUCCCCUUCCUGGCCGUGCUUCUCUAUCAUCUGAUCUCGGCUGUACUGGUACUGGCCCUCAGUUCCAGUUUGUGCCCAUGCGAACUGUAGCUGCUUGGAUUUAGGAUUCAGAAGUUCAGAAUAUUGUUCUUUGGGACAUAAGGGACACUUUGACGUGACAGAAUGGAUGAACAGUCACAAGGCAUGCAGGGGCCUACUGCUCCACAGUUUCAGCCACAGAAAGCCUUGCGACCUGACAUGGGUUACAAUACGCUUGCCAAUUUCCGAAUAGAGAAAAAGAUUGGCCGUGGGCAGUUCAGUGAAGUUUACAGAGCAACCUGCCUGUUGGAUGGGGUACCAGUGGCUCUGAAGAAGGUUCAGAUAUUUGAUUUAAUGGAUGCCAAAGCCCGUGCUGACUGCAUCAAAGAAAUAGAUCUUCUUAAGCAACUGAAUCAUCCAAAUGUAAUUAAAUAUUAUGCCUCAUUCAUUGAAGACAAUGAACUGAACAUAGUGUUGGAAUUAGCUGAUGCUGGAGAUCUCUCUAGAAUGAUAAAGCAUUUUAAGAAACAGAAGAGGUUGAUUCCUGAAAGAACAGUUUGGAAGUACUUUGUUCAGCUGUGCAGUGCCUUGGAACAUAUGCAUUCUCGUCGGGUUAUGCAUAGAGAUAUAAAGCCAGCCAAUGUGUUCAUUACAGCUACAGGGGUAGUAAAGCUUGGAGACCUUGGACUUGGUCGAUUUUUCAGCUCCAAAACCACAGCUGCACAUUCUUUAGUUGGUACACCUUAUUAUAUGUCUCCAGAGAGAAUACACGAAAAUGGUUACAACUUCAAAUCUGACAUCUGGUCUCUAGGCUGUCUGCUGUAUGAGAUGGCUGCGCUGCAGAGUCCUUUUUAUGGUGAUAAAAUGAACUUGUACUCCCUGUGCAAGAAGAUCGAGCAGUGUGACUACCCACCUCUCCCGUCAGAUCACUACUCAGAGGAGCUGCGACAAUUAGUUAAUAUGUGCAUCAACCCGGAUCCGGAGAAGCGACCAGACAUAACCUAUGUCUAUGAUGUAGCGAAACGUAUGCAUGCACACACUGCGAGCAGCUAAACAGACAUCAGAUCGUGAAGAAGAAAGCAGAAAUAACCAAGUAUUUUAAGUAAAUCAUCCCCACCUCUUCAUUUGUGUGUAAUUGAAAUGUAAUUAUUUGAAGCUUACUGUUGUGCUUUGAAUUGUAAACCAAUUUAUAUACGAGCUUUGUUGUUUUCUGUUUAUUUCUAUUUUUUUGUAUUUUAUACUAACUUGCAGUUUUACAACAGGUUUAAGUAUGUAAAUCAUGACUUUAAAAGAUACCGGGAAACACUGUUUUCCAUGUUAAGUGGGUUCAUGUAUGUUUUCUUUAAUAACAGCAUUGUAUUCAGUUGGGCCUCAGUUCUAAAACACAGUUGCACUUUUGCACAUGAUACAGAUAUUAGGCUUAUUGUCCAGAAGCAAAAUGUCUGAAUCGCUCACCUUUGUAGUAAUUUAUGGAAAAUAUUAAUCAGCACAGUUUAUUUUAUUCUUUAUUCUAAGAGGGACAUUAUUAUUGAAGUUUAUUGUAUUUUGUGUUGAAUUGUAGUUUGCAGUUCUCAGCAUAAGAGUAGAGAGGCGCUAGGGUUAGUUCUCCGCUUGCCAAAAGGAUGGGAAAAUAGUUUCAGGAAACAUUAUGCUGAAAUUUUUGUAACAUCCCAUUUUGUUUUGUUAUUCUGUUGUGAUGCACAUAAAACAUUUGUUGGAGGUUUUCUGGGAAGAUUUAAGGUGUUGAUUCAGAAAUCUGAUCACUUUCAAUAGACUUGUGCAGCACUGCCCUGGGGCAAUAGGAGUCUGCAUAGUGCAGUCUCAAAACCACGCAGAUGCUUCUUGUAGCAAAUAGGGUUCUUCUGAGGCAAGUGUUUGUGAGGAGGUCUGAUUAAGGGAUGAGGAGGUCUGAUUAAGGGAUGUGAUCUUUAAGUUACAACUUCCCAACUGUUUGUGUAUAUGUCACUGUUUGUAGAUUUUUGUGUUUAAAAUAAUAUGAAUGAUCUUAUGGCGUAUUAAAAAAAGAUAUACUACAGAAGCCUUUUGGAAAAGAUCUAAUAGUGUGUUAUAACAUAAAAUGUAUUCUUCAGGAAUAUCUGGGUUUGUGUACUGUAUCCUGAGAAUUAGUUUUAUAUUUAGCAAAAGUAUAUUUUAGCUUUUAUGUUUAAGAGAAAGUCACCACUCCUUCAUUUGGGAAAUAAAUAUAUAUGCAAAAUGUCUUACAAAUACUUUUUUAGUUGAAAAGGGAGUUCAAAAUGUUUUUGUUAGACCCUAGUACCUUUUGGGGUAUGCUUAGAUUUUUAUUGUUAAGGAGGCAAGGUGUCUUGUUUUAAAAAGUGAUAAAAAUGGAGAAUGGGCUGAAAUUUCUUGAGUUUCGAGACUGAACAAACUUUUUAUACGGAACUGUCAAAUCAGAAUUAUUAUGUUGCAAAGAAAGUUAGUUACGGUCAGUUAAACAGAAGCUGUUACAGUCAGUUAAAUCUUUUUUGUUAUAUGAGUAAAAAGAAGUUAGUUCAAAUAAAAGCAGCAGUAUGUGCAUACACAUACAAUAGGUUCUAGAUGCAAACUGUUCCCUGCACACUUGGAUUUUUGUUGUUUGUUUCUCUAUGCAGCUUUAAGUUUUGUUUUGUUAUAAUGCUCAAAGAAUAAAAAUGCAGCUGUGCAGUUUGUGGAUGAAAUGUGCAAGCUAGAUCAGGGUUUUUUCUGGUUUUGGAUUUUUUAAAACUACAGCUACUAUGUAAAUGGUGUUUGGCAAAAUACAGGAAUUUUUAAGUGGUAUGUGCCAGAUCAUCAGCUUAUCUUGAUACUUUUUUUUGUUUAAUUUUUGUUUCCAGAUUCUGUAGGAUGAAUCCGUAGUUUUCCUUCUAGCUUCUGUAUGUGCUUAAUCUUGUAGGACUUCAGUGGAACAAUUUGCUAGAAGGAAGUAUUUGUGUCUAGCAACCUCUAGAUUUGUUUUCAUUUAUUGUCUGAUUAUUGAAUUUUGGUUAUGGUGGUUAUGUUCUAUAACAAUAGUUCAUAUGUCAUAGAAUGAAACUGUUUGUCUUGGAAAAGGCAGCAUAAUACUUGCUUGACUGCCAGGAUGAGCUCCUAAUAUGCAUAAGUACUCAAACAUUUUUUUUUCUGGUAUGUACUAGAAUAUUUAAAAAUCACUGAAAAAACGCCAGCACGCUCAGGCUGUUUGCGUUGAAUAUUACACAUCAAGUAUUGAACUUUUCCUUUAAGAAACCAAUAAUAGAUUCCCCCUCUGCCCUCCUAUCUGGAAGGACACAUUGAGUAAAGAAAUCAGGAGUUAAGAGUUAACAAAUGUGCAUACUUAAGAAUGCAAUUUUAAAAAAAAAAUUUUUUAGUAUUUGUGUUUAAAUCUUGUGCUGAGGAAAAUUAAUGGUUGUUCCUAUUUUAAUAUCUGUAAAAUGAAUAGCACAGGUGACUCUGGUACCAAGCUUUAUAGUUAAGCAGCCCAUACGGCUUAUUGGAACUGCUUGUAUAACCAGGGAUUGUAGAAGGUAUCCCCUAAAUUAAGCACCUAGUGCCAUAUGAGAAUGAUAAGUCAUGUGUGCUAUACACUUAUAUUUUCUUUUAUAAAACACCUUUUUUUUUCAUAUGUUGUUGAUGGUGACAUUUGGCACUAUUUAUUUUAAGCUAUGGCAUUACAUCUUUAUUUUCUUUAAAGAGAACAUGUUACAUUUCUAACCAAAAUGUCUGACUAGCUUCUCCUUUUAUUUCAGUAAUGCUACAGUAUUAACUUGCUUCAUGAGUGAACUUUGUGCUUUGAAUGACAUCGCAUAAAAUCUUUGUCUUGUCUUGAAAGCUCCCUUGCUGUGCAGUAGUUUAAUAGAAAGAAAACAUGCAGAUGUUAAAUAUAAUGUAAAAAUUAUAGUCCAUGAUACUUUUUCAAACUUUUCUUCUUACAGAUAUAUAUAUGUUACAGUAGAUGCUACCUAUCUUGUGGACAGUUUACUGCUUCCCGUAGUUGAUUAUAGGUGAGUUUUCAUGACUGUAACAAAAGACAAUACAUUCAAAAAAUCUUUUUUGUAUUAUUUGUCAAAAAUGUAUCUAAAAAUACUAUAUUGGAUAUAUUUACAAUGAACCCAAAGGAGUUUUUUAUCUAAAAUUUAAAAAUUAAUCUAAAAUUACUUUCAAACCCUUUGGAAAUAUCUGAAAAGCAUAAAAAUAACAAAGAGCUCCCAUUAUGGCCCCAGUCUUGUGAACUCUGUUUUACAGGUAGGCAGUUUUUUAUGUAAUUUCAGGAAUUUGGAGUGAACCUCAGAUAUGCACAUGAAUAGACAGUAGUCAGUAGGGUAAACACAAAUGACAUGCUCAGCUCACUUUUUAUGCUUACUGUAUGUCACUGGUUUGGUAGCAGGGAAUAAUGUGUUUUCCCCCUAUUCUGUUGCACUCUAAUGAUCCAGCUACCAGUUAUAUGAGCAGGCAAUGGAAGUAUGUCGUCUUUUGUAAUGAGCAGAAACUUUAAAAACAUGCCAAUGUACUGGAAGAUGAGGUAUAGUAUUAGAAGUGUCUGAGAAGGCUGGUGUUUUAUUCAUGCUGAUGAUGAAGAAAGCCAUAGAGUGAAAUCCUUGACAGAGGCUUGGAAAUAGAGAAGGACUUCUCAAGGCAGUGGUGCUCAGGUAUCUCUGAAUGGGACACAAAAUGACAGUGAUGCUUGUUUUCAACAAUCUGUCCACUUAAUCUCUGUCUUCAUUAUUAUACAGCAAGAUGAGGAUCUCAAUAGCUGAACUGGAAUGCUGGUGGUGGAUGCUGUGUCAGGUUUUUGAGCUUCUAGGAACAGGAGGUUGAUGUGGAGGAGAGUCAAUGAAGGCAUUCAGGUCUUGCUUUGUGGAGAGUUAAUUUAAUUUGGAAGUAAAGGUCCUGGAUAGCAGAGUUCAAAUCACUCCUUUUCCAUCAUUUUUAAUACUUCUUUAACAGCGAAAAGUUUUUCCAUCCCUGCCGUAUCCCCACAUCAUCUAGCCAGUGGCAGUGCUGGUCUUCUGAAUUUCUGAUCUCUGGUUUGGUCUGGGUGAAUAACUAAACCUUUCUGCCAGGAUCACCCUAGGAGGGAAAUGCAGGUGCUGGGCAUGCCCAGUGGGGUGUUACUUUUGUUUCCGAACAUGAAUCAAAUAUAGAUUUUUCAUGUUCUUUUUCAAGCUUUAUAUCCUUCCCUGAACCUUUUUCUUCAGUUGAUGCUUUUUAAAAACUGGUUCCCUUUCAUAUUGACUUCUGAAGUCCUACAAUUCCUGUCUUCCACUGCUACAUCUGUCCUGUUGUCUGCUCUACCCUCUCCCUGAUUUGAAGUCCUCUCUGUCUAGUUUUCCUAGUGGCUAUUAGUUUGCUUCUUUCUUUGUGACUUUGCUAAACUCAAGCCAUUUCUGUCUUCUCAAAUUUUAUCCCUCACUGUAGGCUAGCUCUAUUUUUUUCCCCUGAUAAGUACUUAACUCCAUUGUUCUUCACUCUGUUUUUCCAGCUUUUGAUUUCUAGUUUUAGACAGAUUUUUCUCACUGCCUCAAUCAUUCCCAUGACCUUGUCUUUACUAAAUACUGUUCACUUUAUUAUCUCUCAUUUCUAAAUUCCGUUUCUCUGAUCACUACCUGCUCUCUUUCAGCUUAUCUGUCUUUCUCUCUCCUCUAUCCUGUCACUCACUCCUUUUGGGAUCUCCAGUCUAUUAACCUUUCUGACUCCUUUACUCUUCUCAGCUGCCUCCUUCCUUCAUUGGCCUCACUUCCUUUGACUCACUGGUCUUUAUUUUCAUCUCUGUCUGCUUCUCUAUACAUGGUUUCUUUGGUUGCUUCCCACAUUGCUCUGUCUCCAUUCUUCUCCCCAGACUUUUUUUUUCUUGUAAUUUCUUAAUUUCUAUUCCUGCCUUUUUGAAUAUCUCUGAAGAUUAUAUCAGCACAACACAGCUUUGGACUCAGCUUUGCCUUACCUGUUUUAAUUCUGUUUCCAAAUGGACUUUUUAACCACUUUUAUACCAUCUUUUUUGUUGUUGUUGGAAGUUGCUUGCAGAUUUAUUUCUCCAUUCAUUCUUGAUUAAAAAAUAUAUUUUCAAAACCAAUCCUGAUUUUUGCAUUAUGAGAUCUUUUUCAAAAUUGUUCUGAGAAUCUGUUUCUGAACAGGGAUUAUCUGCUUCUUAACUGUAUGAGUUUGCCCCUUUUAUUUCUAUAUCUUUUAUGUCUCUCACUCCUUUUAUUGUGUGACUUCUUGCACUUUGAAUCCUCUUAUUUCCUUCACUAGCAACCUAGAUUCUCUUUUCUCUGUCUUGAAGGGGAUGGCCCAUCAUCCUAACUGGUUCUCUUUUUUAAUACUUUGCUCUUUCUUGCCUAUUUGUCGUCCCCUAAUUUCAUGUACCUUAACGUCCUCCCUCCAUUUUGUUUUGAAGUUUUGACUUUACGCUUCAAUUUGAAUGCCCCCAAAAUCCAGUGCUUCCUUCCCCAGUUUGGUUCUCUCAUAGUUCUGUGUCCAGCCACAGUUUCAGACCUGUUCAGAUUCAAAGAUCUAGUUUUUAUGCUUAACUCCCUUUACACUGUUUGCUAACAUCCCUGACAAUUAAUUUUACUUGCCUGUUUUCCAAAGCCACAACCUUUCUAUCCCUGACACUUCUCUCAUGCCUGCCUUUGAAUGUCUCAAAGUUCGUAGUAUCAGAUUCCAGCCCCCUUCACUAUCUGUGUUCUUUCUUAGCUUUUGUUUACUGUUUUAACCUCUAUGUCGUUUUGACUUCUUUUCUACCUUCAAGGUAUCAAAAUUGACAGCAACAAUUCCAGUUGCUGGGCUUUAGCUGUUUCAUGUGCUGAAGAAGGAACUCCACCAAAUUACUACUUGUUUUGACUCCCACAAAUUUGAUCUUAUUUCAGGAUUGUAGAGCUGGAGUAGAUUCUGUUCCUCCAAGUACUUCAAAAGUCCUCAAAUUAAGGCCUUGAUUUAGUUUUCUACCACUUCAGAUACAAAGUUUUUGCCUGUCCUUUCUUCGUGUUUACUGUAUGGACCUUUGCCUUGUCUUGUUUCUGCACAUAAAACUAUCAUUUCUUCUCGUUAUAGCAACUUGAUUUCAGUGCUUUUACCAUUGCUUGAAAUAAAAAUGUGCUUAAGAGCUUUACUGACUGGAUCUCAGAAGGCUGGGCACAACGCUCCUUUCUGUUACUGUCCCACCCUUACCUGGCUUCCCCUGCAUGCUGUCCCUGGGCUCUUGCCCAGCUGAAGAUGCACAGUGUUGCACUGCGUGGCAGAUACAGCCAAGCCACCUGCAAACAAGGUAUCUUGUGUAUGUGCAGAAAUACUGCAAGUUCUUAUCAACAGUCAGAUGUUUAUUUGUUCUGUAGGUCUAGAACUGAGCUCUGUGCUGUUCUGCUUCUUUAUCCACCCUACUCUGAGUUAAAGCCAAAUCAGAUCUGCCUGCACAGUGAACGGCAUGUUUUUCUGUGUUAGGUGCACCGACUUCCCAGUUUUAGCAGGCUUUCAGGUUUGCAAGACUGUGUGUUUGCAGAGAUUCACUGUUGAUCAAAUUGUUUGACCUUUGGCUGCUCAUAAUUAACCUUGUAUGUUGAGUCUGAGAAGCAAAAUUCUCAGUAAAACUAAGAAGUUUGGGGUUUUAGGACCGCAGGAUGUAGCGCUGAAUGUCAGAUUCUGUUUGAUGUGUGUGGGUAUAUGCACAUCUGGUCACUGUUUAUUUGCACCAGAAUAAUUCUUUUCUUUUAGAGGAUCACUUGCUCAUUGGCACAAAACAUUUUCAGUAUUUUUCAGGUUUUAUGUUUAUUCUUUGUUGCCAGUUUGUAUCACGUCAUAUCAUUAGUUAAUUUGUUCUACAAUUGCCUUAAUGAUGGGUUGGAAGUCUUUUGGCUCUUGUCUAAUUGAAAUCUUCUGUCCAUAUGAAAAUGAAAAUAGAUUAAGAAAUUAGGUGCAUUGAGUCCUUCCUGGUAGUUGGGCUUGCUUUGUGUUUAAAUCCUAGCAACAGAAAAAGAUCUCAAACUAGACAGAAAUGGACCCCAAGAUAAAGAUUAGGAUGUUUUGGGGUUCCCUGCUUCCUCUCCACCUCUUAGCUCUUCAUUCUCUGGCUUCCCUGGGGCACUUGCUGGGGGACCAGCACUGCCAGUGCACUGAGGGCGAGUAGACACUUGGAAACUAAAAUGCUGGUGUUAUCUUGCUUUAUGUUCCUGUGGUGCCCUUUUUCAGUGUGAACAGGAAUUCUCCCAUUUAAAAAUGACUAGGAAGGUCUUUGGUAUUGUCAUGUGGUCAUUUAUUGCUUUUUACAGACUGGGCAUUAAAAAUGUGUGUUUGCUGUUACAAAGGGAAUUUUAAAUCAUGCAAAGGCUCGUAGUUUGCCUUUUAAUGUGGAGUUGGUACUCUUGUGUACACUUGAUUUGCUGGUUUUCUCUUUGAUUUUGAGUCAUGUUUGACUGUGGUAAAGAUGAUAAUGUGUGUUGUGUUUUUGGGUAAGAUUUUGUUGGGAGAGGGAAAGAAGGGAAGUGUUCAUUGAUUUGUUUGAAUUUGGCUGCUUGAAUCAAAUUGUAGAAUCAUUCAGGUUGGAACAAACUUUGAGAGAGGUCUCUAGUCCAGCCUCCUCCUGAGAGCAGUGUCAGUGCUGGCUUCACACCAGGGCUCAGGGCAUCAGCCAGCUGGAUCUUGAAAACCUCUGGGGAUAGUGAUUGUGCACCUUCUCUGGGCAGCCUGCUCCAAUGCUUAGCUAGUGUCACUAUAACCCUUGUUUUUGCUGUGUUCAGUCAGAAACUUCUCCAUUACAAAUUAUGGCCAUUGUUUGUUCUCCUGCCGCUCCUCGAAUGUUCUUUAUAUUGCAAAAAAGUCAAAUAUUGAAACAGAGAACUUGCAAAACAGAGAAAUUAUGAUGUUUUAUUUUCUGAAACUGUUGUUGCAAACAAAUAAAUAUGUUCAUGUAGUACUUCUGUAACCUGUAUGACAUGUACACUAUACUCAUUUAUUACUUGAGUGUAAAAUAAAAUUUUUGGCAGUAAAACUUGAUUUAAAA